UAUCAGCAAAUGUCACUUCAAAAAUACAUGUUGUUGUUGUUGUUAACAUUUAAAGAAGAAUACUUUAACCAUUUUAAUUGUAUCUCAAAGGUUGUUACUCCAAAAAUAAGUUUAUCAUGAAUGUUCCGUUAACGAAAAAACAAAGAUAUAGAGGACGUAAAAAGAAGAAGUUUUUGGAGCAAGGUAAAAUAUUUGCUCCCACUUUUCAAAGAUCUCCAACAAAGGUACCAUUCUGGGAAGAUGUUAAUGUACAAGGGAAUAAUAAAGUAAACAAUAUAAAGAAAGAGAGUACUAGUGCAGUUAUUGAAAUGAAUACUUCAAUACAGCAUGUACCAGAGUUGACCGAUGAUACAUCACCUUCAAUACCUCUAGCUCAAACACAGGCACUGAAGACUCCACAAGCAUUGAAAAAACCUUUACUACACAUACAAGGGAAAACUCAAAAAAAAUUUAAAUUCAAUCAAAAGCAACAAGAGCAGCCUCUUAUUGAGCAAAAUAAAGAACAAAAUGCAACAAUAAAUCAAGAAAAAAUUGAAACAUCAAAUAAAAAUCAAUAUGAAGAACAAAAUAAAUCUCUGAAUACAACACAUGUCAAUGAGUAUAUAUUGGAUAUACAAAAUCAAGCAAAAUCAGAUAAUGAAGGAUAUAGAGGAUUGCAAAUUCCAGUUUUAAUGAAACAACCUCUCUCCAACAUGAAAAAUAGUGACACAAAUUCAAAUAGUGUUCUCAAGACAAUACCUAUAUUAACUAAUCAAGGUGUUUCAGUGAAACCAAAGAAAACGGCAAGCACAUCAAACCCAGCAAUCAAUGCAUACCAGAACUUGCAGAAUGUUGUAUGUCCACCAAUGAUGAACCCUAAUGAUUAUCCUACAGCGGAUUUAGAACUAUUGUAUCACAGAAUCUAUGCUCCGGAACCCAUUAAUAUACCUCGAAGUGUUUUGCCGAGAGGAGUGCCGAUGUCAUUUGUGAUUCAACAGGCAAACUUUGGAGCGAUCCAACCUCAGAGUUGCAGGCCUAACAAUCCAGGUCUAAUGACACAAAUAAUGCCAAUACCACCUGACCAACCGGCAUAUCUCCAACAAUUGUAUACAGAAAAUAAUUUCCGUACGAACACAUCGACGUACGUAAGCAAUGAUGUGCCGGUCACGAUCCCAUCCCAACCUUAUUCACCUUCGGAUAACUUUACAGAAGAUGGUGAACCUAAUAAAGUUAAUGAAGAAGUACGCGAUAGUUCGUCAUCACCUGACUUAUGUGAAGUGGGACAGAGACGUCUCAGUGCGUUCGACAGACUUGGCCCUUGCGCUCAGCCUAAAAAACCUAAACUGACUAUUAAUCUGAGCUUCAACAAAGAACAAGCCACCAGGGAGGUAGUGGGUGAGGAUGAAUCUAAUAAGUAUGUGCCCGUACAUUUGCGAGAGGACAUAAUAAACAGUUCAGAUGAUAUUGUGAUGACGUAUUUAGACAGUUGGCCGUGGAAGAAUAACAUCGUUGUAAGGAAAAGUGUCGGCGCCAGAGUUUCUAAGAGUGUAAUGAUAAUGGAACAAGAACAAAUGGAGGAGGUGUACGAGAGGAAUAAUAUAUUUAUUCAAUUAACUGUCAAAGGAUAUCCUACCACGUGGAGUAAGGAAGACGUAUUGGACACUUUGCUGGAGAAUCUAAAAGGCAAAAGUUUUGUGCCUUGCUUCAUAGAGUUCACACCAAUGGAAUGUAAGUUCCUGGUUAUAAGAUGUCGUCCAGCUCUUGUCGCCUUACACAAGUUGGGGUUCGCAGCGCGCCGCGGUGACGUCAUACUGCAUAUUACCAUAUACGAUAUUGACUUAGAUAUCAAAACGCUUAAUUUCCUACCCAAAAUAGUGCUGCGGCAGCGAAUAAUGCACGGCCUCGAACAUCAGAAUAAAUUGAAUCUGCAAGAGUUUACAUUACAAUCAGAUAUAAGCCACUUUAUUUACUAUCCACUGAAUCGUAUAAGUAAUCAAAUCGGUAUCAUAGAGUUGCACGUGUCAAUUGUAUGGAAGAAUCUAACACAUCUCGUGUUAUCUCAUAAUAGAAUUACUUCUAUAGAAGGUUUCGACUUGCAACAUAGUUCACCGCAGCUGCAAUACUUGGACGUGUCUUACAACUGUAUGGAGCGAGUGACGGCGCUCCUGAACUGCAGGAAGCUGCCGCUGACCUCGCUGAUGCUGGAGGGGAACCCGCUCUGCUCAGACUAUAGAGACCCUCAACUAUAUGUCAGAGUAGCGAGGAUGCUGUUUCCAAUGCUUAGGGAAAUUGACGGGAUACAAAUACCGAUUAAAGGCGAUUUUCCAAAAAUACACAAAAACUACUGUGAUAUUGAAGCUAAGGCACUCGUAGACAAAUUUCUAGAGACGUACUUCCCUAUAAUGGAAUUGCCGCCUCAUGAAAGAGAUUUAAUUGGGGACAUGUAUGACGCAAACGCCAUUUUAACUGUCACUUAUAGAUCUUCUUUAUUAAGUAUGUCCGAGUGGCGCAGGAACCGCGCCUUGUUCCUGUUCAACAGACAGACGGGCGACAUGAUCGGCGGCUGUCUCUACACUGCCAAGAAAAUUGUCAAAUUGCUAAAGAAAUGGCCGAAAUUACAACACGAUCCUGCUACCUUCACCGUAGACGUCUUGAUUCAUACGAGAACAUCGACGCUUCUAACCAUAAGCGGGAUUUUAAAAAUAACAACAGACAGUUUAGCUGACGAAGAACAUAUGGUAGCGUUCACUAAGACAGUGGUGCUGCAUACGACUGAUGGACUGGAAUACAAGAUAUGUAACGACAUGUUGCACUGGCAGCUGCCCUCGGAGGAAUCGCUAAAGGUUGCAUUCACCAAGACAGCGGUAUGUUUACCAAAGAGAAUUUUAAGUGUAAGUUUGGAAACUCCGCCCGAUACAAAUAUGAAGGAUCAUCUUGUGAAGAUUUUUAUGAAUUUAACCGAAUUGGAUAAACAACAAAGUGAAAGGUACCUGGAGGAGAAACACUGGAAUAUCAAAGAUGCUUUGCAAUUCUUUACUGAGAUAGCCAAAUUAAACCCAGCUAACAUAAAAUCAUCUUCUAGUGAGUUGAUCAUAUAAGAAAAGAAGUAUUUUGUGUAGUUUAAUUUAAUGUACUCAUUUUAAAAGUAAAGGGUUAAUUUAAUUAAAUCUUUAACAAAGAUGCCCUUUCUAUAAUUUCUAAAGAAAGUUUUAAAAAAAGAGGAUCUUUUCUUUCGUCUAAUUUGACAAAGAUCCUUCUCAGAAGUUAUUUUUAAAAUUUUAUGUCCUCUAAUGUACUGUCACAUUGGUAUACCAUUUUCUUUAAAUAUA